UUAAUAUUAAAACGAGCAAUAAACUAUAGAUACAAAAGAAGGUUUUAAUUGUUCAUUUAAAAGUAAAUAAUACCCCAAUUAAGUCCUACGAAAUCGCAAGAACAAUGAAUAAGACUCCUACUUUAUUGUUAAAGUUGGUUAUACUUUCCGCCAUAUUUGUAUGCAUCCAUGGCAAUGUUAUACUACCACCCAAAAAAUGUUAUUUCUCUCAAGGCAUAGAGCGAUUUAUGGGAUCAAUAUCAAACACCUUCUCUGAUCUAGUCAACUUCUUCUCAAAAAAACCGCUGACAUCAAUGAACCCCACCAUAAUACAUGUUCAAGAUGGACCCUCAGGACAAGUAGUUGUUCCAGGUGCGUCAUGCUGUCCCCCUGCAGUUUGCUGUGCGACCUGCUACUGCAAAGCAGGUUAAUUUUAUUAUAUUUUUUGUCUGAAUACAGGGCGAGGCCAAUAAAGGGCCCAUUAGAAAUAUCUCGAGAACUAAAGACAACAGAAUCAUGAAAAUUGGAAUGAAGGGGUUUUGAAGAGUGAUUUAUUUAAUGAAAAUAUUUUUAACUUCGUUUUUUUAAAUGGGACACCCUGCAUAUUUUUACAUUUUUGGAUUAUUCUCGAUGUCUUCUUUCUUAAAAUAUGAGGUUCUGUAAUGUUAUAUAAAGUAGUUUAAAAGAUAAUUACGUUUUUUUAAUUAAUUUCGUAACAAUUUUCACACCCUGUAGAAUUUUAGUAGUUUGACACCAAAAACUGUGUUUAUGUUUAAAUGAUUUUUAGUAUAGCUAAAUUUUUAAUUUUAGUGUACAAGGUUGGUCGAAACUCGGAAUGAGUAAUUUUUGAAUUUUUUUAAAUGGAACAUCCUGUAUUUUAGUAUUGUAGUGAAAUGAUAUUUUAUGGUACUUGUUUAUUUCUUAAGCAUUCCCUAUAGCUAACUGUUUAUUUUGUGAGUUAUUGGUGAUUCAAAACAAACAUUAAUUGCAACAAAAAGUACGUGAAAUUUGGUUUCACGGCUGUGAAAAUAUUUAAUCACAAAUAAUUUUUCGGAAAUAAAUACAUAUUAAUCUAGACCUAGACUGAUCCUUAAAAUUACCAAUAAUGGUUGACCUGUCAAAAUACCUACCUAGUUAAGAUUGCUGGUGCGAUUAACAACUAAGCCCAAAUUAAAGCAGUUAGGUAUAGGGAAUGCUUAAGAAAUAAAAAAAGUACCAUAAAAUGUCGAUUCAAUACAAUAUUAAAAUACCAGUUCCAUUUAAGAAAACUCAGAAAAUACUCAUUCCGAGUUUCGACCAACCCUGUAUACUAAAAUUCAAGACUUAGCUAUACUAAUAAUUUUUAACAAUAGUAGACUAUGUAUAUUAAAAAUCAUUUGAACAUAAAUAUAGUUUUUGAUCUUAAACUACUACAAUUAAAGGUGUGAAAGCUACGAAAUAAAUUAAAAAAACGUAAUUAUCUUUAAACCAACCUGUAUAAUGUAUAACAUUACAAAACCUUAUAUUUUAAGAAAGGAUACAUCGAAGAAAAUCCAAAAAUAUACAGGGCGUUCUAUUAAAAAAAAAGAAUGUGUGUGUACUUUGUACGCACGUAAGAAGUUAUACUUCUAUUAUUAUGAUUUCAACGAAAUUAAUAUACUUAACAGGUUAUUUGUAUUUUAUUUAAAUAUUAAACUAACUUUCUUUACCUACCACUUUUAAAUUUUUUUUAUUAAAACGAUACCAAAAAUAUAAAAAAAGGAAUAUGAAUCGUCCGGGAUUUGAACCCGGGACCUCUUGAUCUCCGGUUACACGCUCUACCACUGAGCUAUAUUACUUUUGCUUUGACAGGUUACAAGAUAUAUAUACAUACUGACAAAUUUAAUGGCCAAGUGAAGUAUACAAAAAUACUUUAAAUAUACUUACUAUUAUUAUAAAAUAUCUUAUUACCGAGGAAGACAAAUCCAAAGACACAAAAAUUAUAAUAAAUAAUACAUUUACUAGGAACACUAAUAUAUCCUUUUAUAUGAUAUAAUAUGACUUAUUUGCGCUGGCAGCGCUGAUACAUAUAUAUCUUGAAAGAUUAGCAACGAAAUACAUACUGUCUGUGUGCGCAUGCGCCCGGCAUUAUAAAAUUUCACUCUCGAUCGUAAAGAAGUAUAACUUAAAAAAAAACGAAGUUAUAAGCAACUUCCGGUAUAACUGGAAGUAGGAAAUAGAUAAAAAAUAUUUUCAAUAAAUAGAUCAGACUUCAAAACCCCUUCAUUCCAAUUUUUAUGAUUCUGUUACCUUUAGUUCUCGAGAUAUUUCUAAUAGGCCGGUUAUUUGUCUCACCCUAUAUAUAAUUAAAUUUAUUUUACAUGUACAAGCAUCAUGUCUGCACAUUUGAGAGUCAAAUAAAAUCUUAUUUAAAUAAAAUUUACAUGAAUUAUAGACACGA